UCAGUCAGUGCUCGCCCGCGGUGGAGGCCGUACGCCCCACGGAACAGUCUACUUGUCUUUGUCACGUAGGCAUGCGUUAAAGUUGACAGUUCAGUUGUUUUAAAGUGUAGAGUCAAGAUGAAAGUGGACAAAGAGCUAUGCGUGGCGGGGACGGAGACUGUACCUAUUAUCUCUGACAGGAAGGGCAGCCUGAAGGUGGCCAUCACGCCGCUGCAGCACAAGACCCUCACACACUUGCCGAAGCGACCGCCAGUGGACUUGGCCUUUGAGGACCUCACCUACAGGGUCCAGGAGGGAAGAAAGAGCAAUGUGAAGACAAUUCUGAAGUCGGUGUCGGGGCGGCUGCGGUCGGGCGAGCUCACGGCCAUCAUGGGGCCCUCGGGCGCCGGCAAGUCCACCCUGCUCAACAUACUCACAGGAUACAAGACGUCAGGAAUGGAAGGCAGCAUCACAGUGAACGGCAUGGAGCGGAACCUGUCGAGCUUCCGCAAGCUCUCCUGCUACAUCAUGCAAGACAACCAGCUGCACGGCAACCUGACGGUCGAGGAGGCUAUGGCGGUCGCCACCUCGCUCAAACUGCCCGCGACAACCUCUAAGGCUGACAAACGCGAAGUGAUCCAAGAAAUCCUCGAGACGCUCGGUUUGGCGGAGCAUCACAAGACCAUGACAUCGAAUCUCUCCGGAGGACAGAAGAAGCGUCUCUCCAUAGCCCUCGAGCUAGUCAACAACCCGCCCAUCAUGUUCUUCGACGAACCGACCUCAGGCCUCGACAGCUCCUCGUGUUUCCAGUGUAUAUCUCUGCUGAAGACGCUAGCGAGUGGAGGAAGAACUAUAAUAUGCACGAUCCAUCAGCCGUCUGCUAGAUUGUUCGAGAUGUUUGAUCACCUGUACACGUUGGCCGAUGGUCAAUGCGUGUACCAGGGUAGCACGGGCAAAUUAGUGUCAUGGCUGGGCAGUUUGGACCUGCAGUGCCCGUCGUACCACAACCCGGCGUCCUUCAUCAUCGAGGUGUCGUGCGGCGAGUACGGGGACCACACCGGCAAGCUAGUGCGAGCUAUUGACAAUGGAAAACACGACAUCAGAAACGGCCAACCUUUCCCUGAGGCGAAACUGCCCAACCUGAACAACAAAGAAGACAUGCAGAACUCUCUGAACGCUGAGUGGAACAAAAACGACUUGUCGCAAGUGCAAGAGAAAUUCAAAGAGGACAAGUCUAACGGGUCGAACGGCACCGGCGCUGGGAACUUGCAGAAUGGAAUUCUGCAGUUUGCGGCUAAUGAGAUCGCCAAGGGAAAAGGCGAGCCCCUGGUGGUGCAGAUGGAGUUGGAGAAGCCGGACAACACGGAGGCGGCGCUGCUGGGCGGCGACGCGUCGCCGCGGCGCUACGCCACCUCCGAGCUCGCGCAGUUCUGGGUCGUGCUCAAGCGCACCUUGCUCUUCAGUCGGCGGGAUUGGACGCUGAUGUACCUGCGGCUGUUCGCGCACGUGCUGGUGGGGCUGCUGAUAGGCGCGCUGUACUACAACAUCGGCAACGACGGCGCCAAGGUGCUGUCCAACCUCGGCUUCCUCUUCUUCAACAUGCUGUUCCUCAUGUACACCUCCAUGACCAUCACGAUCCUCAGCUUCCCUCUGGAGAUGCCCGUGCUAGUAAAAGAGCAUUUUAAUCGCUGGUACUCACUGCGCUCCUAUUACCUAGCCAUCACGGUCUCCGAUAUACCAUUCCAGGCGAUAUUCUGCGUGAUCUACGUGGUGAUCGUGUACCUGCUGACGUCGCAGCCGCUCGAGUGGUUCCGCUUCUCCAUGUUCCUGACGUCGUGCCUUCUCAUCUCCUUCGUGGCGCAGAGCGUGGGGCUCGUGGUCGGCGCCGCCAUGAACGUGCAGAACGGCGUGUUUCUGGCGCCGGUGAUGUCGGUGCCGUUCCUGCUGUUCAGCGGCUUCUUCGUGUCGUUCAACGCCAUCCCGGUGUACCUGCGCUGGAUCACGUACCUGUCCUACAUCCGCUACGGCUUCGAGGGCACGGCGCUCGCCACCUACUCCUUCAACAGGGAGAAAUUAAAGUGCACUCAGUCGUACUGCCACUUCAAGAACCCGCGCACGACGCUGGAGGAGCUGGACAUGCUGGACGCGGACAUCUGGCUGGACGUGGCGGCGCUGUGCGCCAUCUUCCUCGUGCUGCGUAUCUCCGCCUUCCUCUUCCUGCGCUGGAAGCUCAAGUCCACCAGAUAAGCUACUCCGUGUGUUUACAUACUAUGGUAGAUAAUUGUAUAACUUGAGGCAGCUUGUAUGUAUACAUUCGUGUGCCGUUCUCGGGCAAAUGUUAUCGAUUGUAACUAGCUGUUAUCUAUUUUGACGGCCGUUGAAAUGGUACCUUUUGUCUGAGAGCGUCAUAUAUAAUUAAAUUAGCGUUCGUUACAGAUUUUUAUAAAAAUGAACAUCUCCAAUGAGCGGCUGUGUGUGUGCUGGGAGGUUUUAAAGAGGUCAUUAUCUAAAAAUUGAGAAAAAGAAUGCAACUAAAGAAAGGAAUAAUUAUAGAAGUAAGAGUGAAAAGGUAUGUUACCAAUUUUAAUGUAUGUGAUAAUGAUCGUGAAAUGUGUACUGGAAUGAAUGAAAUUAAAAUUUGACAUUUUAAGAAGUGGAAAAAACUCCCAAUAAUCGACAAAAAAAAAAUUAAGAGGUUUUGCCUAGGGUCGACAUAAUUUGACGAAAAAAAUCGUAUGACAAAGAUGUCGCAUUAAAUAAUAAUAAUUCGUAGUUUAGAGGAAGUUGUGACUCUCUCUGUCAUGAACUUAUAUAACUUGCUCAAAUCGAUUUAAUACUGUUUGUUAAAACUUCAUAUACCAUGACAAAUUGUAUUUAAGAUUUCCUGUUUGACAUCCGAAUGAAACCAAGUGCCUUGUUACAAUCAAAUUAUUUAAAUUGUGAUAUCUAAUGUGAUUUAUAUUGUAUUGCCAAAAUGAGACAAUUUACGAACUGACAUACUUGCAACUAAUAUACUUAUGAACUACGAACUGAACCGUUUUUUGUGAGCUCUACAAGACAUUCCAUAUGCAAAGAUUAUUCAUAAAGCAUUUUAAUAAUAGUUAGACCAAAGUGUUAAUAAUUAAAUUAAAAUCAUUAUUUAUUCGAGACCUGAAAUUAUAUUGCAGUUAUUGCGCAAAGCAACAACUUGGAUUUUUAUUUAAUUUUAAUGAUUUUGUUACUAUCUCAUAAUAGUUAAUUUGAGAUGAAUUCGUAGUAUCUAACUCUGCCACAGAAAUGUAACAAGAGCUACAACUCUUAAGUCUUCAUUAAUAGUUGCCAAUUUAAAAAAAAUUUAACCGAGUGUCUUGCCCUGGUAUGGCUUGCCUUAUCCUAUCUUUAUAAAGCUAAAAUGAUAUAAGUAUAAUGUAAUUCAUAAGACGCCACCUAGGAGUAUUCUAAUCAUAUCAAUGGUGUUUGACUCUCGAAAACAUAUUACUCAAAAAAUAUUAAUAAAUACUUUACAGCUUUUUACGCAGGGAUCACGGUCAAUAUUGUACUUAGCAUAGUUCUUAUUAUUAUUAUAUUCUAGGUAGAAGAAUUCGACGGUUAUGAUAUUCGGUUAGUUUUAAUUAUGGUUAUAAAAUGUUUUGUAUAUUUUUAAUAAAUGGUUUAUGAAGUAA